CCGGCGGCCCCGCCUCCCGGCCUGGCGCGGGGCUCGCGUCUCUGCCAAGGCCGCAGCCGCUGGGCCGGAUUGUGGGUUAAUCCAAGAAUGAACAAAUAUACGAAGCCUUAUGUUGAGAAGACCACAAAUCUUGAAAAAUUCAGUCCUGUGAUUCUUGCUGAAAUUGAGGAGCUCUUUGAGAAGAAGUUCUCAUAUACAAAACCACCGAAUAGUGAUUGGAAGCUGCCAGAUUCCAGUGAUGUGUUUACCUGCAAUCACAAAGAAUUCAAUACACUCCUUGCUCUGAAGGACUCCAUGAAUGAAGUCAAAAACCAACUAAGUGAUAAGAAAUUGGAUGUAUGGCAUCAGCACACUUCCUUCACCAACAAAGCUGGGAUAAUCAUUCCUCAUGUGAAGAAAUCUGUGAAUGCUGAGUUGUGUACCCAGGCUUGGUGCAAAUUCCAUGAGAUUUUGUGCAGUUUUCCCCUUCUCCCGAAAGAAGCUCUUCAGAAUGGAGAACUCAAUUCUGUCCAUCUCUGUGAAGCACCUGGUGCUUUUAUAGCCAGUCUCAAUCACUACAUAAAAUCCCAUCACAUUCCCUGCGAUUGGAACUGGGUAGCCAAUACCCUAAACCCAUAUCAUGAAGCAAAUGACACCCUUGUGAUGAUUAUGGAUGACCGACUUAUUGCAAAUACCUUGCCAUGGUGGUAUUUUGGCCCAGAUAAUACUGGGGAUGUGAUGACAUUGAAACAUCUAACUGGACUUCAGCACUUCAUAAGUAAUAUGACCACUGUUCACUUGGUAACUGCUGAUGGGAGUUUUGAUUGCCAAGGAAAUCCAGGUGAACAAGAAGCGCUUGUCUCACCUCUACAUUACUGUGAAGCAGUCACUGCUUUAAUGAUCCUUGGCAAUGGUGGCUCCUUUGUUUUGAAGAUGUUCACUUUAUUUGAACAUUGUUCUGCCAAUCUGCUUUUUCUGCUAAAUUGUUCCUUCGAGGAGGUCCAUGUCUUUAAACCUGCCACUAGCAAAGCCGGGAACUCUGAAGUCUAUGUAGUUUGUCUUCAUUACAUGGGCAGAGAGGCCAUCCAUCCUGUGCUGUCCAAGAUGAUGCAGAACUUCGGAACAGAAAUGGUUAACAAAGCACUCUUUCCCCAACAUGUGAUUCCAGAAUCUUUUCUUAAAAUGCAUGAAGAAUGCUGUGCAUUCUUUCACAAGUACCAAAUAGAGACUAUAUCUGAGAACAUCCGGCUCUUUGAGAGCAUUGGGGAAGCAGAACAAGUAAAGCUGAACAACUUAAGGGACUGUGCAGUGGAAUUUUUCAUGCAAAGAUUCCACCUGAAACACAUUACAAGAAAUAACUGGCUAGUGAAGAAAUCUCGUGUAGGCUGCAGCAUGAAUGCAAAAUGGUUUGGACAGAGGAACAAAUAUUUUAGUACAUACAACGAAAGAAAGAUGCUGGAAUCCCUGACAUGGGAAGAUAAAGUGGCCAAAGGCUAUCUUAAUCAUUGGACUGAAGAGCACACUUUAGGUAAUGCUGGGAAAAGCUGCAUUUUGGAAGGGUCAUCCUGUAACCUUGAAUGUAAUUUAUGGUACAUCCUGGAGGGAAAGAGGCUGCCAAGAGUAAAAUGUUCUCCAUUCUGUGAGGGUGAUGUCUUGAAGAAUCUCAAUGAAGCCAUUAAAGAAUCAUUAGUAGGCAAACUAAAAACUAGUUCCUUUUCCAGACGAACACAGCAACCAUGUCAUUCUUGCAAUGUUCUUACUGAGGCACUGAUACUAUCUGAGUUGUCUAGCCUUACCAAGUACCAUCAGAAGGUACCAAAUGAAGGAUGCAGUGACCAAAUCAAGUGUCUCGUGGUGGGCUUUCCGUCUCUUUGUGACAUCAAAAGCCAGUCCAACAUGGAAGUGAGGCUCCUGGAGUCAGCCACACUCUUGACUUUCAGCUGUUCUUUGCUUCAUGAUGGAGAGCCAAAAUAUCAGCAGCAUCUUUUAGACUGCCUUCUGCGUGCGAUUAAUCAGCUUCAACUGGGAGAUGCUUUGAUUCUGCCUGUUCUUUCUUGUUUUACACGCUUCACAGCUGGCCUGAUUUUUGUCCUGCACGGCUGUUUCAGCUAUAUCACAUUUGCUUGCCCCAUAUCCUCUGAACCUCUAGGGACCAGUGCUGUUCUAUUGUGUAUUGGCUAUCGAGGUCUUCCAAAUCCAGUUGUUGAGUACCUGCAGCACCUGAAUAAACUAAUGAGCUCUUUGCUCAGCUCAGACUCUCCCCAGCAGGUUUUGCAGUUUGUCCCUAUGGAGAUGCUUUUGAAAGGCAUGCUGCUUGAGUUUUUAUGGGAUUUGAAUACUGCCAUUGCAAAGAGGCAGCUCCAUUUGAUUGUACAAGUUGAACAGCAGCAAAUGUCGAGUAAUCUUUAAUUUUGGUGAUUCUAGAAUCGAAUUGGUAGAUCUUGUUUCAAAGAAGAUUCACUUCACUUGCUCUUUAAAGUUCUUAAAUUUUUUCUUUUGCUAGUGUGAAUAUCACUUCAUUUUAAAACAGUGGGAUUUAUUUUAAUGUUGGUAUCUAAACAGUUCUACAGUACUGCCUUAUGGUAUUAGGUGUUGCCAUACAAUCCUGUAAGCAUGGGGGUUAUUCUACAUGGUGGGGAAAUUGUGAAGCAAAAUGAAGGACUGAAAUUCUGGAGAAAGGGGAGUUCUUCUAGGUAAUACCUUUGUGCCUUUGUACAAUCUUGUCUCUCCCCAUCUAGGUCCUCUUCCCUCCAUAUAGGCAUAACCUCACAAUGACUCUAUUUCUGUGAAGAGAUCUGAAUGGAGCUUAAUUGAUGCCACUCCUUAUCAGCCAGUAGAGGCUGCUAAUUGUACCCCUUUCACACUGUCACACACUGUUAAUUCCAGAGUUUUGGGGACCCAAAUGUGGUAUUCAAACUUGUUAGCUGAUAGCCUUUCCAAGCUAGCUGAUCUUCCCUUUUGAUUAAAAAGAGGCUAUCUAUGCUGUCGCCUGCAGAAAGAAUUGGAAACCUUUAAAAAAUCUCUAGAGUUUGCUGAAUACACAACCAUAUUGAGAUCAAUAUAAGAUUUGCUUCAGAAAUUCAAUUUUAUAAGCUGUUGCCUUAGCUGAUCUGCAGCCAUGCUGGCAAAGGCCUCAGGUUUUCAGAAGUGACCGACUAGUGAUUUGGAUGUCUCCACUUUUGUUGCCCAACUUUAGGCACUAAAGAAGGUUGACUUUUCAGAAUUCAGGUCUUCACCAUUUUCUGAAAAUUUAGCCCCCCUUUAAUUUCAAGUUGGGCACCUGCUGGCAGCCGCCAGAAUGCUAAGUGAUGCCAUUUAUAACAUCCCACCAUGUAGGCCCAAGGUCAGAUGUAAAGCACAAGGGAGACUGGUUUUCAUAUAAGGAAUUUUGUGAUCGCAGAAUCCCAAGUUACAAAUCCUUGCUUUUUCAGCGGUGUAUUGGAGGGAAUCAAGACAUCUGGGUUCUGUUCCCAUCUAUGAAAUUGACUUGCCAUCAACAAGUCAUUUCACCUCCCUAUGCCUCCAUUUCCCCAUCAGUAUAAUGGCCAUAAUACCAUUUCAGUCUCCAGAGUGUUAGAUGAUUCAUACAUAAAGAGUUUGAGAAACUUGGGUGAAAGUGAGAACUACCUAUUGUUGUCUACUAUGGUAGCUGUCAGCAGGUGACCCACAACUACUGAUUUCUAAUUAGAAAUGUUAUCAAGUGCAGUUUAUAAAUAGCAAAUAGUAUAUCCCACUAUGUGAAUGUUGGAAGCAUGGAACUGAGAAAAAAUGAAUGAAACUUAUUAGAAAAGAAGUAUGUUACUUGAUUAGAUCCUUUUAGGAGUAAAAUGAAAGAGAAAAUGAGUAAUUGACACCACUGUCCCUUUAAGGAAAAUCAGGUUUUACUUUUUCAUAUUGCUCCUUUAAGAUCUCAUUUUGAUAUCUAAUUAAUUUUCAUUAAAACGUCUCCAAGAUUCUAAUUUACAUAGAAGACCUGCCCAGAUAGAGAGAAAUGGUAUUUAAAGGGGAAACUUAUGGAUUUAAUGUUGGUAUAAAAAUAGCAUAAAUGAGUGCAUGUGAGAGAAAGGGGUUAGUAAAAGAAAAGACAGCCUCCUGAUUAAUUACCAGUCACCUGUGGAAGUACUUCUAAUUACAUAAGGUAGGAGCUUGAAGGAUAUUUGAUUACCAAUGGGAAUUAAAAGCACUGUUGAAAAACUGUUUUGUCUGAUGGUGCUGUGCACUUAAUAGUCUUUCUUGUCACUUUGGAAGGGGUGGAGUGUAAUUAACAUUUUGUUUUGCUUUUUGUUUACUGUGUUUGAAAGGUUUGUGAGUUGGUAGCUGAAGUCUAACUCAUUUUAUAACAUUCAACACAGACUUUGUUUUCUGAAAGUAUGCAGAAGAGGAUCUGUUUGGCUUCCCCCAAACUUCUCAAAUUGGUCACUGUUCAUUUUAACUUAAUUUAAAUUAACUUCCUGUAGUUGCUCUGUGGAGAUGAAGAGAGCCUUGCCUCCUGUCAAUCACAGGCAAGCAAAACAGUUCAGCAGAUCCUCGGGAUCAAGAGACUAGAGGCAGCAAAAGCCUCUCCAGUAAGUGAUUCUGAAAGCUUAGGAAAUUUUUUAAGAGGACCUGAGGGGCCAAAAAGGAGGCAACAUUGAGGAACAAAAGAAAAUGACGGGGAAAGGAACAGAGACCUGUAAUGAGAAAAAGAAAAGGGGGAAAGGAUAUAUGAGGGUAUAGUGGAUCUGAGAGGACAGCAUGAUAAAAACUUCAGGAACAGUACCAUAAAUUCAGUCUUCACAAAUGAUCCUUCUGUUUCCCUGUAUUUGGGAGAAUGAACAAAAUAGAAGUAUUGCCGUCCAUCAAAAAGCAGUGUUCCCUC